UCGACCUGAUUCCCCUUCCCGUUCCUGCGUGAGAUGUCCACUGGAAUGCUUCAGGAGACACUUCAGACGACCUCCGCGUCAACCUCUGGCACGAGGUUUCGACCUUAUGCGAGCCCCAACCACCAAGUCACUAAAGGACGAUACAUUACGAGCAACGAUCCGAGAGGCUACAUACCCGUAUACGAGUAUCCUCUGAAUGGGCAAUGGAUCAUGAUGGACAUUGACGACGGGUACAUCCUGUGGACGGGUAUUUGGAAAGCGCUCGGGAAUUCCAAGGCUGACAUUGUCAAGAUGAUUGACUCUCAGCCCGACCUGGCGCCUCUCAUUCGCCGCGUUCGUGGGGGGUACCUGAAGAUUCAGGGAACGUGGAUGCCAUAUGAGGUGGCCUUGAAGCUGUCAAGACGAGUGGCAUGGCCGAUUCGACAUGACCUUGUCCCAUUAUUCGGGCCAACAUUUCCUAGUACCUGCUUGUCCCCCGAUCAACCAGGCUAUGGUCAGGUGGUGGCCUCGUCCAAUGUUCGUCGACGGGCAAGACGAAAUACACAGGCCACCGCACAACCUCCUCGGGAGGCCCAUUCAAAUUGGACAGUCAUGACACCAGGCCCUAUGGUUGGGCUGAGCUUCCCUCAUUCGCAGUUUAGCAGGCCCCCUCUCCCACCGCUUGCUCCAACUCCCGCACGUUCACCGUCAGACUAUGCCCCAUCAUCCCACUAUGGCAAUCAACUCGAUCCCCAGGACGCCCGCAGAUAUUCGCAUUCCCCCUACUCCCCCCUUGCCUCCCCUCCUGAACGGAAGUCAUCCAUUAGCAGCAAGGCAUUGUCGUUGGAGAUACCUCCUGUUCGCCCGUCAUCGUCAAAGGCCAGGGAAGAUAUUUCGUUACCGCCGCUGAAACAGCCUGACGGUGCCGACCCGGAAAUGUCACCAUAUGCGCUCCCACCAAUAUCUGCUUUGGAGGAUUUGCGCGGGGUCGAUACUCAAGACUCGGCCGCCGUCCUUCGAAGACUUCGUCUUGACGAUGAUUACCCGUCAUCUAGCCGUUCGAGUACCAGCCAAGACAGCAUAUGGGGAAGACGGCAUUCCUUAUCAGCUCACUCGCCUCAUCCGAGAUCAUCGGAUAACUCCCGCUUCCAACCUUAUCUCUCAUCGCGGUCAUACCAAGACUCCACCCUUAAACGCUCUCGCUCGCCGGCUGAAAGCUAUGCUGAUAGGCGUCGAGCGUCUGAUUUCUCGCAGGAAGACUCGACGUCGGCCUAUUCCCCAAUAUCCCCCGCCACUCCAAACUCCAGUAUCCUUAGUCAUUCUUCAUUCUCAGACCUCAAAAAGCUUGCAAGUUCGACCGACACUCGCUAUAAUUUCCCGAGAAUAUCGGGAAGGGAUUGGGCGCCUCUGAAGGGCGAUACCGACCACAUUCGUUCCUCCUAUCGCAGCGGUCCAAGUCCACUAGAAUUGGACAGUGACAGCGAAUCUUCCGCUCCUCACAGACCGUGGUGA